AUGUCGGAGCCCCGCGUCGCACCGCCGCCGCCACGGGGAGCACCCACCGUCCGCUUCCGGGUCCUCCGUCCCGUCGUGCCUCCCGCGGGUGUGUUGACCAAUAGGGAGCGCGGCGCGGCGGAGCCGCGAAGCACGAUGGGAAGUGUAGUUCUCCGUCGCACUUCCGUCGUGGCGAAAGGUCGCUGAACUACGACACCCAGCGGGCUCCGCGCCGGGCCCGAGCAGGGCCGGGGAGCGGCGGGGCGCCCCGCGAUGGCCGGGGGUCGUGAGCACCGCGUGGGGCCGGGGGACACAUUGCCGGGAUUGGCGCUGCGUUAUGGAGUCACGAUGGAGCAGAUCAAACGCGCCAAUCGCCUCUACACCUCGGACACCAUUUUCCUGAAGCCCACCCUCCUCAUCCCCCCCCCGGGCUGCAACAGUGAGGUUCCCAUGGGGUCAGCACCGACAGACCCCACAACCACCACCAGCCCCACAGCCACCACCAGCCCCACAACCACAACCAGCACUGACCUCACAGCCCGCGACUUCCUGCGCCGCCUCGACGCCGACAUCGGUCGCUCCAAAGCUGCGGUGGUGGAGCAGCAGCUGCGCAUCAGUGUCCCUGAGGCCGCUGUCCCUGUCCCCCCCCCGGGGCCAUCCCUGCGGGGUCCCCAGCUGGGGGCUCAGCCCCUCACCCGGACACGGCGGGCGGCCGCACUGCGGGACACCGAGGAUGAGAUCUUCACCUUGUGA